AUGGCCCUGAAACCAUGGGAAGAAAAGGCCAAAAGCGCUCGAGACUAUCGUGACUCGACCCUGAGCAAGGUUGAACCUCCUUUUCCGCCUCUACCGGACCCUCUGCCACUGUCUUCACAAGAUCUACCCAAACAGUACCUCACAGCGCGAGAAUAUGAGCUUACGCAGAACUACGAUGCCGUUGAACUUCUGCAAAUGCUACGGACCAAGCAGGUCACUUCUGAGGAGCUAACAAAAGCCUUUCUGCGCAGAGCAGCUCUCGCUCAGUACGCGCUUAACUGUGUGACCGAACUCAUGUGGGAUGAGGCGAUUGAGAGAGCGAAAUACCUCGACUCCUUACCCGAGCCCGUCGGUCCUCUACAUGGUCUACCGAUCUCUGUAAAAGAGCACCAUUCCAUGUUCGGCGAGAAGACGACAAAUCACGCUUCUUACGUCGCCUGGAUCGGUACACCCGGCGCGACAAAUCCAGUAAAUGACUACCUCUACGACGCUGGAUGCGUAUACUACGCCAGAACGACCGGCCCACAAACAUUGAUGGCUUUGGAAUGUGACAACAACAUCUACGGCAAAACCGUCAAUCCGUGGAACAGGAAUUUAACCAGCGGCGGAAGCAGCGGUGGGGAAGGAGCCCUUGUAGGCUUCAAGGGCAGUGUCUUGGGCUUGGGAGGAGACAUCGGCGGCAGCGUGCGCGCCCCAGCCAGCAACAAUGGCGUGUAUGGGUUCAAGCCCACGACGAAACGCAUUCCCGGCAAGGGAAUGAAACACGUGGCAGCCGGGAAAGAAUCAAUCCAUGGCACGAUUGGGCCUCUCGCACAAAGUCGCGAGACGAUCAAUCUCUUCAUGAAGACGAUCCUCGACAACGAACCGUGGCGCCACGACGCCGGUCUCACGGUGAAGCCAUGGACACCCGAGACGAUCACGGCGCCCCUGAAAGUCGCCAUCGAAUGGCACGACGGCGUGGUCAAGCCUCACCCACCGGUGAUCCGAGCGUUGCAGAUGGUCGCUGACGCGUGCAAAGCCGCCGGAAUGGACGUCGUGGAUUGGGAGCCCUACAAGCACGACAAGGCCUGGGAUAUCGUGUCGGGCCUUUACUUCCCGGACGGCGGCGAAGCGAUCCUGGCCCCGAUCAAAGAAAGCGGCGAGCCGAUCAUGCCACUGACCAAGUUCAUCGUCGAGCAACCGAACGUGAAGAACCGUACUAUGCACGAAUACUGGGACCUCUGUGUGGAGCGCGACACGUACCGGGACGAAUAUGCCGCGCAUUGGAGCAGCAUGGCUGAGUCGGGCAAGGAAGUCGACGUUAUCAUCUGCCCGACGACCCCCGGGGCAGCGCCGCUGCACGAUACGGCCACAUACUGGCCAUACACGAGUCAGUGGAAUCUGCUGGAUUAUCCGGCCGCCGUAUUUCCCGUGACCUUUGUCGAUCCGGACAAGGAUAAGAAGGACGAAAACUAUGUGCCGAUGAACGACCAGGAUAAAUACAACUAUGAUCUGUAUGAUCCGCAGAAAUGGGUCGGCGCGCCUGUUAGCCUCACUAUCGUGGGCCGGAGGCAGAUGGACGAGAAAGUCAUGGCUGCCCUGGAGCUCGUGGAGAAGGCCAUGGGCCGAAAGUGA